AUUUCCGAUAUUCGCCCCGCCCCAUUGCGAGGAAUGUUUCAAUUCCAAUAGAAUACACUUUCCAAUCGCUUUUCCGGCGAAGUAGAGACGAUAAAUCGGCGACGGAGUAGAAAGGAAUGACGGAAACGGAGAACACAAUUUCCACCGGAAAAGAUAGAAACUCCGCCGAUCACUGCCGUAUCAGCAAUAGUAUAAGUGUGAAUAAUCCGGCGGAAGCCGGAGGUGAAGGCAAAAAGGAAAGUUCAUCAUCUUCAUCCUCAUUGAAGAAGCAAGGAAAAUCAUGCAAAGGAUGUCUAUAUUACUCGUCUACUUAUAAAUCUAAUUCGCGAAAUCCUCUAUGCCUCGGACUUAGCCGUUCUCUUCCUCAAGUACCUCAAUAUAUUGUUGGGAAAUCUGAGAUGCAAGCUUCUAAGGAGGGUGGGAACCUUACAGAUUUUAGAUAUGCUUGCAUUGGUUACUCCGUUUACCUGGAUCAGAAAGCUCGGUCAGCUGAUGGGCAAGGGGUUCAAACAGAAUUGCCGGUCUGUGCUGGCCUUGAGGUCUUGGUGGAUAGAAAGGUUAGUUCAGCUGAGGCAGCUCCUGGCCAUGCUCGUAAGAGAGAAGACGGUCAUGGAGUAUCGCAGCCUGGAUCACAUAAACCAACUCACUCAACUGGUAAUGAGUUUCUCACCAGGUUCACCAGGAACGCAAAUUUGGUUGCGUUGGGGGUUGCCAAGAACUUGCAGAAAGUGGGAAACCGAAUAAAAGAAGGUGUUGAUGACAUUUUCUAUCGACGACCAAAAUAGAACUCUGACGUGGAGUUAGAAACAGCUGUGAUAUUGUUCGCGCGGGUGUUCUAGACAAUAGACAAGAUGCGGAUUCUGGAUUUUAAGUUUAUAGGAGCUGGACUACGCCCUCAUUUGAAGGCUAGCUCUUGCUUCGGAGCUUCAUUUCCACAUUUCACAUAUUGGAAAGGGCAACCUAAAAAGGAAAACUCAGUCACUAGACAAGUUUCUGGAAUGCUCCAAAUUCGACUUGAGCAUAGCUCAAUACUAACAAAAAUAAAUAUCUCUAUACAAGGUUCUUGCACAAUCUCUUUUGCUUAUUGGGUUAUUAUGACAUUAUGUAUAUACGUGUUGAAAUCGAAAUGAAUCUUUUAACACAAAUACAAGGUAAAUAC